AGUUUGUGACUCUGCUGCUCCUUCAGUCAGGUUUUAAUUAGACUCAGUCCAUUUGUUGGUCUUUAACAGGAAAAAGGUUGAAUGUUGAAAUAAUCCGUCACAUGAAAUGAGUGGGAAUCAGCCUGUAAAAUGUGCUCUUAUUGUGAAAGUCUGCCUGCUGCUUCCUCAUAGGUGGAGUCCUGACUGGUUCCAGGAAACAGAUCACCUGUCUGAGCGUCCAGCAGUGGACUGGAAACUUUCUUCUUCUUCUUCAGCGCUUUGAAUAAAGUCUAAGUUUGCUUUGUUUGCUGCUUUAACUUCAGUAAUGUUGCUGUUUGUUUCUGCUCUGUGAUGUUUCUACAUGUUCACUUCUUAUUUCAGCACAAACUUUGGAUGACUGCUGUUUAAACAUGGAUCAAUAUGAUUAUUAGGUUAUUGAUUGACUGCAAUCAGUCAAUAUUUCUAUGAGAUUAUUGAUGGACUUGAGUCAGUUUGAUGAGCUGCUGAUGUUUCUUUGUUUGUUCACAAUCCAAACUGCAUGGUGUCUUUUUGACUUUGGGUUUGUGGGUGAGUCUCUGCAGCUCCAUGACUCCAUCUGCUGGACUGAUAGUAGAAGUGCAGCAGCUGAUCUUUUCCAGGAGGAUUUGAGUGGAUCAAUGAUGUUUGUUUCCUGUGCAGGUGAAGGUAGAAAGUGUGUGUGAGCUGCUGUGAGUUGAGCAGCAUGGAUGAGUGUGAGGACAGAGAGGAGGGAGUCCCUCCCUCUAAAAGCUCUCUGUGUGGGGAACAGGAGAACCAGAGCAAAGCUCAGAGGAAUCCACCUGGACAUGGACAUGGACCUGCAUCCAGCUGUGUGUCCUUCAAGAGUGACCAGUCUAUGAAAAAUCCUAAUACAUUUAAAGGAGAACAAGGUCCUGCUACAGAAGGAAUCCAUCAGAAACCAGUGUCCUCUGGACCUGAACCUGAACCUGGACCUCCAUCCAGCUGUGUGUCCUUCAAGAGUGACCGGUCUAAGGAUUUUCCUAUUGUUUUUAAAGGAGAACAAGGUCCUCCUGCAGAGGGAGUGGAGCAGCAGAACUCAGAGGUUCCCAGAGCUCAGUCUGUCCAGCAGCAUCACCUGGACUCCAUAUUCAUGCUGCUGGAGGACAACAUGGUGACUUUUGUGAAGAAGGAGCUGAAGAAGAUGCAGAAGGUUGUGAGUCCAGAUUACCCAGAAUGCUCCUCAGAGAGUCAGAGGGAGGAUGAGGAGGAGUUGGAGGGUGAUGAUGAAGAGCAGAGGAGCAGCAGAGAGAUGUUUCAGCAGAUCACAGUGUUGUUCCUGAGGAGGAUGAAGCAGGAGAAGCUGGCUGACUGUCUGCAGAGCAAACUUCCUGCAGUUUGUGGACGUGAACUUAAAUGUGGUCUGAAGAAGAAGUUCCAGAGAGUGUUUGAGGGCAUCGCUAAAGCAGGACAGCAGACCCUCCUGAAUGAGAUCUACACAGAGCUGUACAUCACAGAGGGAGGGACUGCAGAGGUCAAUGAUGAACAUGAGGUCAGACAGAUUGAAGCAGCAUCCAGGAAAGCAGACAGAGCAGAAACAAGCAUCAGACCAGAAGACAUCCUGAAAAGCUCACCUGGAAGAGAUGGACCAAUCAGAACAGUGAUGACAAAGGGAGUGGCUGGCAUCGGGAAAACAGUGUUAACACAGAAGUUGACUCUGGACUGGGCUGAAGACAAAAGCAACCAGGACAUCCACUUCAUGUUUCCAUUGACUUUCAGAGAGCUGAAUGUGGUGAAGGGGAGAAAGUUCAGCUUGAUGGAACUUGUUCAUCACUUCUUCAUUGAAACCAAAGCAGCAGGAAUGUGCAAGUUUGAAGACUUCCAGGUUGUGUUGAUCUUUGACGGUCUGGAUGAGUGUCGCCUUCCUCUGGACUUCCACAACAAUGAGGUCCUGACUGAUGUUACAGAGUCCACCUCAGUGGAUGUGCUGCUGACAAACCUGAUGGGGAAGCUGCUUCCCUUUGCUCGCCUCUGGAUAACCACACGACCUGCAGCAGCCAAUCAGAUCCCUCCUGACUGUGUGGACAUGGUGACGGAGGUCAGAGGGUUCACCGACCCACAGAAGGAGGAGUACUUCUGGAAGAGAUUCAGAAAUAAGAAGCAGGCCAAGACAAUCAUCUCCCACAUGAAGAAGUCACGAAGCCUCCACAUCAUGUGCCACAUCCCAGUGUUCUGCUGGAUCACUGCUACAGUUCUGGAGGAGCUGCUGAGAACCAGAGAGGGAGGAGAUCUGCCCAGAACCCUGACUGAGAUGUUCAUCCACCACCUGGUGGUUCAAGCCAAAGUCAAGAAGGUCAAGUAUGAUGGAGGAGCUGAGACAGAUCCACACUGGAGUGAAGACAGCAGGAGGAUGAUUGAGUCUCUGGGAAAACUGGCUUUUAAUCAGCUGCAGAAAGGAAACCUGAUCUUCUAUGAGUCCGACCUGACAGAGUGUGGCAUCGAUGUGGAAGCAGCCUCAGUGUACUCAGGAGUGUUGACACAGAUCUUUAAAGAGGAGAGUGGACUGUACCAGGACAAGGUGUUCUGCUUCGUCCAUCUGAGUGUUCAGGAGUUUCUGGCUGCUCUUCAUGUCCAUCAGACCUUCAUCACCUCUGGAAUCAACCUGCUGGAAAAACAACAACAAACAACCUCCAACAAACCUGAUCCAACAGUUUUCUACCAGAGAGCUGUGGACGAGGCCUUACAGAGUCCAAACGGACACCUGGACUUGUUCCUGCGCUUCCUCCUCGGUCUAUCACUGCCGACCAAUCAGAAUCUCCUACGAGGCCUGCUGACACAGACAGGAAGUAGCUCACAGACCAAUCAGAAAACAGUGGCGUACAUCAAGGAGAAGAUCAGUGAGAAUGUGUCUAUAGAGAGAAUCAUCAAUCUGUUCCACUGUCUGAAUGAACUGAAGGAUGUUUCUCUAGAGGAGGAGAUCCAACAGUCCCUGAGAUCAGGACGUCUGUCCACAGAUAAACUGUCUCCUGCUCAGUGGUCAGCUCUGGUCUUCAUCUUACUGUCAUCAGGAGAAGAUCUGGACGCGUUUGACCUGAAGAAAUACUCUGCUUCAGAGGAGGCUCUUCUGAGGCUGCUGCCAGUGGUCAAAGCCUCCAAGAAAGUUGUACUGAGUGGCUGUAAUCUGUCAGAGAGAAGCUGUGGAGCUCUGUCCUCAGUCCUCAGCUCCCAGUCCUCCAGUGUGACAGGGCUGGACCUGACUAACAACAACCUGCAGGAUUCAGGAGUGGAGAGUCUUUCUGCUGGACUGGAGAGUCCACACUGUAAACUGGAAGCUCUCAGACUGAGUGGCUGUAAUCUGUCAGAGAGAAGCUGUGGAGCUCUGUCCUCAGUCCUCAGCUCCCAGUCCUCCAGUGUGACAGAGCUGGACCUGAGUAACAACAACCUGCAGGAUUCAGGAGUGGAGAGUCUUUCUGCUGGACUGGAGAGUCCACACUGUAAACUGGAAGCUCUCAGGCUGUCAGGCUGUCUGGUCACAGAGGAAGGUUGUGCUUCUCUGGCCUCAGCUCUGAGCUUCAAGACCUCAAAUCUGAGAGAGCUGGACCUGAGCUACAACCAUCCAGGAGACUCAGGAGAGAAGAUGCUGAGAGCUAAAGUGGAGGAUCCAGACUGUAGACUGGAAACUCUCAGGGUGACGCCUGCUGGAGUCCGAUGGUUGACACCAGGUCUGAGGAAGUAUUCCUGUCAACUCACAGUCGACACAAACACAGUCGGCAGAAACCUCAAACUGUCUGACAACAACAGGAAGGUGACAUUUGUGAAGGAGGAUCAGUCGUAUCCUGAUCAUCCAGACAGGUUUGACUGGUAUCAGCUGCUGUGUGGAACUGGUGUGACUGGUCGCUGUUAUUGGGAGGCCGAGUGGAAAGGAUGGGUUUAUAUAUCAGUGAGUUACAGAGGAAUCAGCAGGAAAGGAGGCGGUAAUGACUGUCUGUUUGGACGUAAUGAUCAGUCCUGGAGUCUGAGCUGCUCUGAUCGUGGUUACUCUGUCAGACACAAUAACAGACAAACAUCCAUCAGUUCCUCCUCAGUCUCUGACAGAGUUUCAGUUUAUGUGGACGUUCCUGCUGGAACUCUGUCCUUCUACAGAGUCUCCUCUGACUCUCUGAUCCUCCUCCACACCUUCAACACCACAUUCACUCAACCUCUCUAUCCUGGAUUUGGGUUCUGGUCGUCUGGUUCCUCAGUGUUUGUGUACUGAGUUGAGUCUCCAGAGUCUCCUCCUGGUAGAGAAACAGUGUUAAACAGAUAGUUGAGUCUCUCCAUGACUCUGUCCCUCAGAAACAUGUUUCCACAUUCAUGGAUUAAAUGUGUUUCUUUGUCAAAUCCUUCUAAAUGAUUCCUUGUAAACUUGUUCCUCUUCAAAGAUGGAAGUUGUGAUUAUUCCAGGAGCCAAAUGUGGUGUUUGUGUCUUUUUCCAGUCAAAUGUUGAGAGUGAAUAUCAGGAUGUAGUGUUCCUCUGAUGCUCACUUGAACUAAAAGCAUUUGAGCUGCACACAGUGUGAAAUGAGAGAGGAAGCAGUGAAUCUACAAACUGCUGACAGACUUUCACACAUUAUUGUCCAGUGAAAAUCAGGUUUUUGUGCAGCCAGACUUGAUCCUGAUUUGAGUGUUUCAGUCCUGUUCUAGUGAUGAAAUGAGAACUUCCUUCAUCUUGUGUGUGAUGGAGAAGAAUAAAGGGCUGUGGUUAAAAAUCCUGACUCUGAGUUCUUCAUUACAAACAUACAUUAUAUCAGCUGUUUAUUAUUCAUCUGCUUUAUUCUACUCAACAUGGAACACAAAGAUAAGAUCAGGUAUAAAUUUAAAUAUAGAAUAUCAUAUAUUUUCAAAUUUACUUUAUUUUGAAGCAUUUCACUCCUAAAAAUAUAUAUAUUUUUGUUCUAGUCUUUAUAGUUCUUUACAUUUCCUUUGAGGAUUAAAUUUGAUUAAAUAAAAUUAAAAAUGGCAACAUAAAGAUCAGAACUUAAUAAUUUAUUGUGUCCCAUAAUGCAAAGUCACUUCUGCACCUUUUUGGCUCUGAAUCAGAGAAAGCAGAAAUUUCUCAUCAAUUCUGUCCCAUGCUUUAAUAAUUAAUUUUUCAGAUCAUCCUUGUUAUCGAACUGUUUUCCAUCAUUAUAAACUUUUCUUGCCAUAAAUCUCCACAACUUUCUGAUGGGAUUAAGGUCUGGGGACUUGGCAGCCAGUUCAUCACAUCUAUAUCACUCUUUCCACAGUAUUCUGUGGUCUUCUGUGAUUUGUGACAUGGAGCGUUGUCUCAUUGAUUGAUCCAUUUUUCAUUUUUACAAUAAAUAAGCGGGUCAAUGAUUUUUUUCAUAAGUUUUAUAUAAGAUUCUGAAUUUGCCGUUUCAUCAACAAAUUCUAACAGAUUUAAUUUUUUCCAUAAAAAGCUCCCAUAACUCCAGCUAUCUCUGGAUAAAACAUGGUUUCAGCAUCGAUAUGAUGCCAGUAGAAUUUAAACCCACCUUGCCUUGCAGGACAAAUAUAAUUACAUUGCAGGCCAGAGUUUGACACCUAUGAUUGAGAGCAUUUUCUUCAUGGUAUAAACCUGACAUUGUCUUGCAGGAGACGCUGCUAUUGGAGAGGCUGUCAUUGGCUUUUUUCUCUCUACAUGCAUGGAAAAGCUGCAGUCAGGGUUUGUGUCUUGUGUCUGUGGCUUCCUCACAAAUGUUGACUUUAUUUUAGGUGACAGGAAAGAUUUUUGAACACCAUGUUUCUAUGAUGUGUUGAUGCAUCACUGUGCUAACAAUGCAGUCUGACAACUAUUCCCUCACAUUCACACCUAGAGGCAGUGAAGACUCACUAAUAUUAACCUGCAUGUUAUUGUGUUGUGGGAGGAAGCCUGUUGUUUAUUGUUUGUGUGUGUUUUAUGUCUUCAGCAGCACACUCCAGCAUUCCAAGGCUUUUUGAAGGAGAUCCUGAGCAUUUAGUGCCCUCAGCCUCUCACUUUGUUGUGGAAAGUGAUGUGUUCCUCAUGCAGGGAGAAUGUUAGACCACUCCUUUCUUCAUGUGUCUUCAGGACUCAGCCCUGCUGUUGUUCAUGUUCUGCUCACUGGAAGUCCUGAAACUGCAGCUGCUACACUGGAGGACUGUCCAGACCUGGACAUCAGAGGAACAAUCACACUCUAUGAUCAUUUAAACAAUAACCUGUUUCCUUCCAUGUUCUAUUUAUUCCACCUUUUUAUUCUAUAUCCAGUGUCCUUGAGGGCUCAGUGAUGUUGAUGACUAAUCCAAGCCUGGGAGCUGAUGAGGAUUUUAUGAAUUACAUUUGUUAUGUUAAAAAUGAAAAUGUGGAUUGUAGAGUGACUCAAAUGCCAGUCAUCUGUGAAGACAGUGGAGCUUAUCUGGACCCACCAUGUUCCACCGUUUAUUAUUUAGUGUUCAGGUCUUUUACAGCUGCACAUAGAAUCUGGCAUUUUCUAAUCUAAUUUGUUUUGAAGCUUGAAGGACAUUCCUGUCAGGUUUGCUACAGCAGGCUCUGGAUAGGCCUCUCCUUCCCCCUCCUGUCUGUUUUUUCUUCUUUUUUAGGUUGCCUGGUAUGAGGGCUGUGGCGGCAGGUGUUCCAGAUUCCUCAUCAGCAAUCAGCAGAAGUCAGACCAAUCAGCAUACGUCUCUCCUGCAAUAUAAUCAGAUGCCUCUCUCCACUCGAUGCCGGAUGGUUGAGCAAAUCAGUCAGUGCUCUGCUUAUCCUGUUCAGCCAAACAAAUUACGGAACCUUUUGUAACCUCUGCUUUCUGUCUUUCCUCGUCAGACUACCGCCUGUUCGUGCACAUCUGUUCUGAGGCACAGGAACCAAUCAGUAGCCAGGAUUUACCACCUCCAACCCAGGACUGUCACCUGGCUCACUGACCUCUCACAGACAUUCCCUGCAGCCUCCAGCUUCCAGCUCCAUCCUCAGCCUUCCCUCUCUUACAGACAUUCUCCACGGCCUCCAGCUCUCUCCUGGUCUUCAGCUGAGUUCUUAUUCCAAGCAUGUCCAGACUGGCACCUACUUAGUAUAGCUCGCAUUUCUCUGUGGAGUAGCGGUAAAUAAUCAGACGUAGCUUCACUCCUAGCAUUCUCUAGAGGUAUUCUUAGUUUUGUUCUGGUUGGCUAUUUUUUUUGUGUGCAGAGUAACCACUCUUUCAUAGAUGGUUUUGGAAUGUGGCCCAGCUUAAUAGAUUCUGAUUCCUGUAGCUUCUUAACUGAUUUCUGUUUGAGUGCAUCGACUCUUAGUGCUUCUUUGGACUUGCCAGCUAUUGUUCUGUUAGAGCAUUAGUUCUAGUGAAAUUAGAGUUCUUAGGUUCUUGUAUGGAGUCUAGUAUUUUUGGUAUUGGAUUCAGUCAAUCUAUAGAUUCCGGUAAAUAUAUUCCUGCAUCCCAACCCAGGUGUUUCCUGUAGCGGGUUCGAGUUCUGGUUUGGACACUUAUUCUAGUGUCGUCCUCCCACCUCUAGGGGAGAUAUUGGGUCAACUGCCUUCUUCGUUUUGUCUUUGCUUCCGAUAAUAGAGUCCAGUUCUGUUUAUUGUUCAUCCUUUGUAAAUAAACUGUUUUCAUCUGCACCAGUCGGUCUCCUUCUCGUUCCUGCGUCUGAGCCUCGUAGAAAUCGUAACAAUUCCAGACUCUCCGAAAAGGAUAGGAAAAGUGUUGAGGACUUGGCCUGUUCCUGGGACCUCCCUCCUCUGACUGAGGACGAGUGGAAAACAUUAAAGAUGGGGGUUGGUUGCAGGACUACAGAUGCAGGGAGUUUUCUCAGUGAGCACAUGUACAGAAUCAUUUUUACUUUAGUUACCAGUGGAUAGAAACAUCAUUUUAUCUAAAGAAAAUACAUUCCUCAAAAUAUCAUUCAUUAAAAUAUCUUCCUCUUUGAGUUUGCUUUAGGACAAAGAAUUGGAAUGUGAUGUUUUCCAUUCUUUCUCUGAUUACUAUGAGCAGUAACUGGACGUCACAAGACAAAUGAAGCAGCAGCAGCGAGGCCUGAAAGAAACUCCAAUAUGGACAGAGCUGACUCAACCACCGACACAGUAGCCUUGAUUUUUUCCAAAAGAGGGAGCAGGGAUAUCAGCCCAGAGGUGAAUCUGAAUUACUAUCAGCUUGUAUUUUUCUCAGUCUGCCUUUCUCCGUCACUAUUAUAGAUUUGAAUGUUCAUUAUGUGCUCUCACCUGCUUGGCAUCUAUUACUGAACAUUUUCAAUAUUUUCCCUCUUAUUUCUGUCUUCUUCAAAAUAUCAUAAACCAGAAUCAUCAGGUUUGAAAUUCAAUAAGACUGAAAAACUGAUCGGCAAUAAAAGGCUGAUUUGA